AUAGGAAAGAUGAGCUUAAGAAGCAUGUUGGCUGAAGCAGCCAUUAGAGGAGUAAAUGAAGCAAGAGCAAAGAUAUUUGGUCAUGUACUUAACACAACUGGUCAAAGAUCUGCUCAUAAAAUUUUAAGAAAGAAAUUCAUUGGUGAAAAAGUUGCUUCAUGGUAUCCAAAUGACAUCCAGAAAGAAGACCCCAUGGUUGUUGCACGCAAAGAACAAGA